AUGUCUUCUCCAAUUAUCGGUAUUACCUUUGGUAACAGUACCUCCUCCAUUGCUUACAUCAACCCAAAGAACGAUGUUGAUGUUAUUGCAAACCAAGAUGGUGAACGUGCAAUUCCAUCUGUUCUUUCUUACGUAGGUGAAGAUGAGUACCAUGGUGGUCAAGCAUUGCAACAGUUGAUUAGAAAUCCAAAGAAUACUAUCAUUAAUUUCCGUGACUUUAUCGGUUUGCCAUUUGCUGAAGCUGAUGUUUCUAAAUGUGCUAACGGUUCACCCGCAGUUGAAGUUGACGGUAAAGUUGGAUUUAUUGUCUCUAGAGGUGAAGGUAAAGAGGAAAAGCUUACCGUCGAUGAAGUUGUCUCUAGACACUUGCGUAAAUUGAAAUCUGCAGCUGAAGAUUAUGUUGGUUCUCAGAUCUCUGACAUUGUAUUGACCGUUCCAACCACUUUUACCGAGGUGCAAAAGGACGCAUUGAAGGCUGCUGCUAAAAAGGUCGGAUUGAAGGUUAUUCAAUUGAUUAAUGAACCAACCUCCUCCCUUUUGGCCCAUGUCGAAAAAUUCCCAUUCAACCAAGACGUCAACGUUGUCGUUGCCGAUUUCGGUGGUACAAGAUCUGAUGCUGCUGUUAUCGCUAUCCGUAACGGUAUCUUCACAGUCUUAGCCUCCAAGCAUGACACUAAUUUGGGUGGUGAUGAAUUAGAUGGUGCAUUGAUCGAAUUUUUCGCCAAGGAUUUCGAAAAGAAGAACAAAUCUAACCCAACAUCCAAUGCUAGAUCUUUGGCUAAACUAAGGCAUAACGCUAUUAUCACUAAGAAGACCUUAUCUAACACACAAACCGCUACGAUAUCUAUUGAAUCAUUGGCUGAUGGUUUCGAUUAUCACACUUCUGUCAACAGAAUGAGAUUCGAAUUGGUCACUAGCAAGGUCUUCUCUAAAUUUUCAUCUUUCAUCACAGAUGUUAUUGCUCAAGCUGAACUAGAUCCAUUGGAUAUCAAUGCAGUUCUAUUAUGUGGUGGUGUUUCUUACACACCAAAAUUGGCAAGCAACUUAGAAUUUUUGUUGCCUGAAUCCGUUGCCAUUUUGGGUCCUGGUUCUAAGAAUGCAUCUAAUGCUCCUAACGAAUUGUGUGCAUCCGGUGCUGCUUUGCAAGCUAGAUUGGUUAGCGAUUACGAUGCUGAAGAAUUGGCUUCCGCUCUACAACCUGCUAUCAUUAACACUCCACAUUUGCCUAACGCCAUCGGUCUUUUGGGUGCCCAAGGUGAAUUCCAUCCAGUGUUGUUACCUGAAACUUCUUAUCCUGUGCAAAAGAAGCUAACUCUAAAGGAUGCUCAAGGUGAUCUACUGAUUGCUGUUUACGAAGGUAAGCACCAUUUCGAAGAAAAAACUUUAGAUCCACCAUCAAAGGAGGAAAAGAAAGAAGCUGAUGACGAAGAUGAAGAAUGGUCUAGUGAAGAAGAAGAACCUGAAGUCAUUAGAGAAAAGCUAUACACCCCACAAACCAAAUUGAUGGAGUUGGGUGUCAAGGGCGUCAAGGGUUUGGAAGUAGCCUUCAACCUCAACAAAAAUGGUGUGCUGAGAGUUACCGCCAAGGAUCUAAAGACCGGUAACGUGGUGAAAGGUGAAUUGUAA